AUAUAUAUACCUAACAAAUCUCCAUUUUCUCUCUCUGCCCGCCACUCUAUUGUUCCUUGCCGGCGCUCUUAAAGCCCUAACUCUCUCUCCUCUCUCUCUCUCUCUCUCUACAUCUCCAUCUCCGUCUCAUGCGAUGAAAUAACCAAAUCUAAGGGCCUUAGCUGUUGCCGGUCACCAGGAUCAAGUCCUUGCUGGUUAUUUGCACUCUUGAUUACAAAUAGUGGUUGUUUUCCUUUCCUUUCCAUUUCCUUUUUCUUCUUCCAGAGGCCAUUAUUAAUUGUCUAUGUUGAAGGAAAAGCAAACCAGGCUACACUUUAAUACUUAUCCUUCGUGCUCAUAAAGAUGCCAGUCAUUACUAUGUGUUGAAGGAUUGAAGUUUUCAUAGAGUCUUGUUUGGACACCAGUUGCUGAUUACCUGAAGUUAUACCAAAAUUAUUAUAGAAAAUGGAUCGACGGGAUACUUCAGGUUUUGUGAGCGGGGGUGGGAUGUACCCUUUCAGAGACAUCUAACCCUAAUUUUGUACACGAAUUUUGUUUUUGCCCGGAAGUCAGGCAGACUGUUCUUUUGUGAUUGACAAUUGGUUUGGUUCUAAACAAGAGUGUUGCAUCUUAGCUUUUGGUUCAUGGACGCUAGGUCUCAGUAUUCGCGUUUUGCUCGUAACCGGUCAUCAAAUACAUUCUAUCUGGGCGAGUCUAUCCGGGUAGGAGGAUGUGGAGAUAAUUGUAGCACAGUUUUGCAACUUGAAUCCCCUGGUUCUUCUGGCCAGAGGGGAUUUAAACGGAAGGUGAGUUCGAUUGAUAGAUCUAUGGGGGAGGAAGUUAUGUCUCCCUUUUCUUUUAUAUCGAUAGGUCAUUCACCAAGUUCCUCUGACAGUAAGGGGAGUUCAUCUACUACAGUUUCUUCAGCCAAGGAAAAUGAUGAGGAGUCCGCAAUGGAUCGUGUCUUGGACUUUUCACUUAAUCUUGGAAAUGACAAGACAUCCAACCCAAAGAAAUCUGCAAGCUUUCACCCGACAGUACCUGAUGUGCAGCCGCCCAAGGAUUAUCUAAAGCUGACUCUAGGGCCUACUGAAUCUGAUAUCACUAGUGUCCACUGGAGCUACGGUCGCUCUGAAAGGGUGGUGGGGAGGCCACUGACUCCUACUGGUCCAUUCCACGGGUAUGAAGGGCCAGCAUCGGUACGUUGGAAAACUAUAUACCCUUUUCAUCCAUUGCAUACUCCAAAGGAAGCAACGACUAGUAUCUUUCCCAAUCAAGCUGUAAUAAUUCAGGAUCUCUCAUGCUUAGUACCAACACCAAAAAGCUCAGACUUCUGUGCUUCCGGGAUGACACAGCAGCAGCAGAAAAAUCAACAUCAGCGUAGUUCUGGUAGUUCUAGGACAUGUCAGUUCAUGGGAUGUGGCAAAGGAGCACGAGGUGCUUCUGGCCUCUGCAUUUCCCAUGGCGGCGGCCCCAGAUGUCAGAAACCGGACUGCCAAAAAGGAGCUGAGGGGGGAACAGCUUACUGCAAGGCCCACGGUGGUGGUCGACGAUGCGAAGAAUUGGGGUGUACGAAAAGUGCCGAAGGACGCACGGAUAAGUGUAUUGCCCACGGUGGUGGGCGGCGGUGCAGUCAUGAAGGAUGCGGUCGUGCGGCUAGAGGUAAAACUGGGUUGUGCAUUCGGCAUGGUGGCGGCAAGAGGUGCCAGAAAGAGAAGUGCACAAAGAGCGCAGAAGGGCUCUCAGGUCUUUGCAUAUCGCAUGGAGGUGGCCGGAGGUGCCAGCAUCCGGAAUGUGGCAAAGGGGCUCAAGGUAGCACAAUGUUCUGCAAGGGGCACGGUGGUGGAAAAAGGUGCAAGUUUGAAGGAGGGUGCACCAAGGGUGCAGAAGGGAGCACACCUUUCUGCAAGGGACAUGGUGGAGGGAAAAGGUGUUCAUUCGAAGGUGGUGGGGUUUGUCCGAAGAGUGUGCAUGGUGGGACUCAAUUCUGUGUUGCACAUGGGGGUGGUAAGAGGUGUGCUAUUCCGGAGUGCACAAAGAGCGCACGUGGGCGUACCGACUUUUGUGUCCGUCACGGUGGGGGAAAGAGGUGCCAAUCCGAAGGAUGUGGAAAGAGUGCACAGGGAGCCACUGAUUUUUGCAAGGCACAUGGUGGAGGUAAGAGAUGCUCAUGGGGCCAACGUGAGUCAGAGUUUGGUCAAGGUGAAUCACCAUGUAAUUUAUUUGCUAGGGGAAAGACCGGGCUUUGUACAUCACAUGGUGCUCUGGUUCAAGACAAACGGAUUCAUGGGGGUGACACACUUGGACAAAUGGUCCAGGAUCCUAAACCUAGCAAACCUGAGAAGAUGAAAGAGGUGGUUGAAGAGGAUAUGAAUGUCGAUGUUUUUCGGAUGGGUCCUAGCAUUUUCAAUAGGAAACAAUUUAGGCUUUCACCAGAUCGCCUUCCAGUUGGUGGCGAUGGAGGUCUAUCAGACACCCCAGGGAUCCCAGAAGGUAGAGUGCAUGGAGGAAGAAGUUUUCUGGCAAUGUUGACAGGAAGUCCGGGCCUUGGAUCAAAUGGCAGUAAAAGCUUCAUAGGAGAGCCAUCCAAGCCGGGAAAAUCCUACUUGGCACCACAUUACUUUAUGUAAGCCGAUUUUCACUCCCUUGUUUGCAUUUGGCCUUCGUAGCAUGCUUGUGUUCUGAAUGUGUCCAUUGGUCUUGUGGUUUGUUGAAUGAGUAGUUCUCAUUCUGUGUCUAAGUAGUUAGAGGUUCUGAAGUGUUUUCUUUGGCCACCAUUGUAAUACAAUAAGGUUAAAAUCAAUUAGGGUUCUACCCUUAAAGACUUAUUGAAUGUGGGUUGUUGGUAUUUCUCUCCUGUAAAUAGGUAUGUCUACAUGAGUUUGGAGCGUCAGACAGUGGUUAUUCUCAUUAUCUUUAUAAUAAGGCUCCUCCUUUGGUUCGGAGCACAUCUCCUUUUGCAA